AUGUCAACAAAGCAAACCCUAAACCCAGAUAUAGUGGCUGAACUAGAAACAAAGAAAACAGAACUCGAACGAUUCCAAAAACAACAAGAACAAUUGGGAAGCUUCAUAUUUGAUCUCCAAAGCAGGCGUGAAGAAUUGGAAAAUCUUUCAACAAGCGCUCGCCAAGCUCGUGAACGCCGUUUGAGAGGAACGACUGCCUCAAUCGACCAAGAGAUAGUCCAGUACCAGCAAGAACUCGAAAGCACUGUGCAGAGAAUUGCUAUUAUUAGGGCAUCCAUUCAGCUCCUCUCGCCAUCGUAA